GUGUGUAGAAUUUGGCUGUACACUGAGAGAAAAAUUAUCUUAAAAUCAACAAAUAUUUCCUUGUUUCUGAACAAUUACGGUCUAAUAAACCUCAGCUAUUAAAAACUGGCUAGUUUCUAACUAGUGACCAGUUUAUCUUGGAAAUUCGUCUACUCGAGGAGCGGCGUGGAGAAAUUCGUAGAUAAGAUAGCACAGAGAAUCAGCGAGACACCCUGUAGGUGUAUCAGAUUUCCGACUGGUAACGGACGGGCUCGAAGUUGGCUUCGUUCGACGCAUUCGUUACUUUCUUCGGACGCGUGUAGUAAUCCCGUUAGCUAUUGUGGACAAAUUCGUGAUCAAAACCGCGCGCGCGCGCUGGUUGGAGACACAGCGCGACGCGUUUGAUAAGCAUUCAGAUCGAUAGUCGGUUAUGCACGAAUAACGGAAGCGGUUCGCGUAUCGAGUAUGCGGAAUGCAGGACGCGCGCUCCGAAGGUAUUUACUCAUAAAACUGCAACGCGAUACCCACGAAAUUAAUUAAUUAUCGGAAUUUAGGUCGGGGCUACGGCGCGCAGCGCCGCGCCGCGUCGCUCCGCGUAGCCAGAGGGCGAUGCGGAAAAUGCCGCUGUGAAUUUUGGAAUUUAUUUUAACGGGAUUACAAAUAUCUGCCCAGCAGUUCGCUACUGUGCGUAAAAAUUUCAACGUUCGCUCGCAGUCUUUACUUUUCGUAAUGUACACACAGAGAGAGAGAGCGCGCGCGCGCGCACUCGCUCGCUCGCACAUUAAUGCGCGAAUAUGCGAGAUGUUUAUCCGCUAAUAGCAGCUAUGUAAACAGCGAGCGUUUGAAAAUCAGAGCCCGUAUAAUUACAUGUCAAUUAGAUAUUCGCGAGCUACGGAACACGCAAAUUAACGCAAUAUUAAAGCAGAAUCGUCUUGGAAUAAAGAGCGCGACCACAACAUCCUUCUUCCUUCAAGCUUCCGCUUGAUAACGAGGGCGUUCGAAGCGGUUCGCGUUAAUUACGUGAAGUCGUGCAACAGUAGUUCGCGAGCGCCGUGAAAAGAAAGUCCACGAGCCGAUCGAACAGCAAUAAUAAUGCUGAUGAUGAAAAGGAUCGCGGAGGCCGCGAUAAAGGAACGCGAUCCGGACCACGUCGCGCUCAUAUUGGCGCUCGAGCGAGGCGAGUUCGACCUGGCGAGCAAGAUCUUGGCGCGUGACAGCCAAAAUAAGUACAUUCAUCCGGUAGGUCUGCUCCAAGUGACGGCCCUACAUGUGGCCGCGUGGCAAGGAAAAAUCGACCUGAUGGAUCAGCUUUACGCGAAGGGCGCCGACGUGAACGCCGCGGAUAAGAUCGGCAGGUGUGCCCUUUUUUACGCGGCGCACUGCGGCUACGUCGACGUAACCCAGUGGAUCCUCGAGCGCGGAGGCGACAUCCAUGCCAAAGUCGGUAUCAACUCGUGCGCUAUGGAUAUCCACAAUUCCACGCUGAUGAGAUCAAGCCUAGUCGGCAAAAUGUUGCCAUCACCGACAUGCUUGGAAAGAACAGCGUUGCACCAGGCGGUAAAGUACAAUCAUGCCGAUGUUGUACACCUCCUGGUGCAAGCCGGCGCGGACGUGAACGCCAACGACGCACACUUUGUCACCCCGUUGCUCUUGGCGGGAAGUGGAGUGGACCGCGAUAACGCUCAGGAGAUGGCCAAAUUUGUCAAAAUUAUUAAGAUUCUGAUGUCCAAGAAAGCGUUCGUGAACAUUAUUCAUCCAGAUACGGGAACCACGGCGCUACAUCACGCAGCGGUGCUGGGGAGCGUGGAGGCGACGGAAUUAUUGUUGGCGAACGACGCGUGGCCAAUGUUCAAGUGCAAAAGUUCCGGAAGUACGCCUCUUCACAUCGCCGCGAGCAACGGGAGUACGGAGACACUUGUCGCCCUGCUCAAAGUGAUACAGCCUCAUGGCAUCGAUACACGUGAUCAGCUCAAUCGCACGGCUCUCCACCGAGCGUCCUAUCAAGGUCAUCGCGAUUGCGUGCGAAUCUUGAUCAACCAAGGAGGUAACUUGGCCGCCAUGACACAGACCGGUGUCACCGUCGCUGACGCGAUAUUCGCGCAUAUUCCGCGACCGUUGGCCUUUUUAACGGAUAUCUUGGACUCUUGCGUAAAAACGAGCAAUAAUUACACCUCAGAGAAAUACGACAACAUUACCGUCGACUUCAGUAUAUUGGCUCCCAAGUACCAGAUGCAAAUAAAGGUGGUCAAGGCCAUCAUAGCUGCGAGUUCGAACAUCGCGCAACUGGCGAUAUUGCAGCACCCGCUCGUGGAAACGUUUCUGAGACUGAAGUGGGCAAGAUUGAGGACAUUUUUUUUUAUACUUGUGCUCGUGCACAUCGUCUUCGUCACCUCGCUCUCGACCUACGGCCUGGUGAUCGCGCAAAACUUGCACACUUACCAGCUACAUCGACCAUUCCUCGCGGUCAGCGCGGGCAUUAUUUUCAUAAACACUAUAAUUCAAAUAUUGGUGGAACCCAGGCAUUACCUGAGGCAAUACGAGACAUGGCUAUUUCUUGUAUGCACCGCUCUAUCGUUGGCGACGUCGAUAGCGGAUGAAUGUGACUAUAACAAACAAAAAAAUCAGACGCAAGAGAUGGAAGCGACGAAAGUACCAAAGAUGCAAGAGGAAAGGAUAGAGUGCCCGGAAUGGCUAUUGCAUUGCUUAAGCAUAACGAUCUUAUUGGGUUGGAUACAAAUGAUGCUACUGAUCGGUCGGUUCCCGAUGUGCGGCUAUUACGCGCUCAUGUUCUCCGCAGUGCUGAAGAACAUGCUGAAGGUGUUCUUGGCAUUUUGCUGCCUGAUCGUUGGAUUCGCGUUAAGCUUCAUCGUUUUAUUCAAGAACGACGACAAAAACAAAAACGACGAGAACGGCAAAGAGAACGAGUUUCGCAAUUUAUGGAGAGCCGUCGUGAGGACCGUGGUAAUGAUGAUGGGUGAAUACGAGUAUGAGGACCUAUUCCAGAAGAAGCAUCUGCCGAUCACAACCAGAAUCGUGUUCUUUAUCUUCACGAUGCUCGUCAGUAUCGUUCUAAUAAAUCUCAUGAUCGGCCUCGCGGUCAACGACAUUCAAGCUAUCGAGAGAGAGGGUCAUACACGUCGACUACUGAAGCAGGCGGACUUCAUUGCGCAUUUGGAAAGGCUGACGUCACACCGAAUCUUUCGUCGUAAUUGCCUACGUCCUCGCUUAAAGAUACACUCGAGCCGCGACAUUCCCACAAAAAUUACGCUGAGCUAUCGCGAAAAUUAUUCUCAUCACGUGAGUCACAUAGAAGCACCCCGUGACAUAUCCUGCGAGCUAAAGGAAGCUUUAUUCCUUUUGGCCACAAAGAACUGCUACAAAAAUAAUUUUACAGGUGAGAAAAAUGCAGAGGAUGCUGACGCAAGAAUGAGUACAUUGUUGUCCAGUUUAGAAGAGCAGUUACGGAAAUGGAAAUCGCAUUGCACCAACUCGACAAGGCGAAAUGUAUUGAAGUGGCGCCGCGUCAAGAAAAUUAUUAAACCAAGAGCGGUGUAAUUAUUAUAAACUUUUAUCAAUUUUUAACACCCUCUGCCAAGCGACUCCGCAAUUAAUCCUCAUUGUAUUCAACGUUUAUGUCAAUUUCAUUUUAUUACGUAUAUAUAUCGCAAUAAUUUUUCUAUAAAUUGUUAUUGAGAUAUAUUUCGCGUUUUUCUGUCUAGUAAAAAUUUAUGAAUAUGAAGUGGUCCCUGAAUCGAGAUUUUGAUUCUACAUUAGUCCUGCAAAUUCAAUCGAAUUUGAAGGAUCUAUGAAGAACAUUAUAUAGACUAUUUGUCUCACCUUGAUGCUAUAAAUGUUCAUACACUAUCUCAUAGAGACUAGAAGAAAUAUUUAUUCAAGAAUUGUUUAAUAUUCAAUUAUCUCAUUUCCUGCAUUCCCUCCCAUAUAUUUCCUGCAUUUAAUCUUUAUUCUUAAUUUUUGCCAUCAAUGUGUUAUUUAUAUAACUUAGAGCUGCAAAUAGAGUAUGUGAGAUAAAUGAAUAUUAAAUGACCUAAUAAAAAUUAAUGAGUAAAUAAAGAAAGAAAGAAUCUUUUUUAUUUAUGUGUGUUAUUUAUGUGUUAUUUAUAUGUUAUUUAUGUGUUAUUUAUGUGUUAUUUAUGUAUACAAGUCAUGACUUGUAAUACACAUAAUUUUAAAACUCUCAACGGAGCUGAUAAGAGAGAAGCUGUCAAGGUAAAGAUAACAGUAGUGUGUAUCCAAUAAUAUUGUUCACCGAUAGAAUCAAUAGAAUGAAUAGAAUUAAUAGAAAUUCAAAUUUAAAGUCCAUAGAUUUUAUAUAAUAACAACAGAAUGUAAACAAAAUCAGACUUGCGGUCUGAGAAGCAUCAUUGGAAAUAAAAAAAGUCAAUACUUGCAAUGUCUAUCCUAGAAUCUAAGAUCGGUAUUCAUAAUUGUAAGUUAUUUACGAUCUCAGAUUAAGAGCUUAAUUAUACAAACUCGUAUUCAUCGUUAUUCGAAUAAUUGAUUAAUAUUUUCUGUUAUAUGAAAUAAAUACAUAAAAUUAUAUGAAAAGGAAUUAUAGAGAAUAUUCUUUUUCAUAGUUUGACAAGUAAACAGAGCUUUAUGAAGCUUUAUGAAUGCCAGCCUAAAUUUCGACUAGAGAUAUCUCUUUAUUUUUCAUGAAAUUCGUCGAAUGUUCAUUAAGAUGAGAUUUUUUAUAUAAUAAAUAAUUUCACGUAUGGAGCUAUAACGUAUCAUAUACUCACAUAUGCUCUCCGUAAGUCUGAUUUUAUUUACAUUCUGUCGUUAUUGUAUGAAAUCUAUGGACUCUUUAAAUUUUAAUUUCUAUUUAUUCUAUUCAUUCUAUUAAUUCUAUUAGUCAACAAUAUUAUUGGACACACACUAUUGUUAUCUUUAUCUACUGUUAUCUUUAUCUAUUGUUAUCUUUACCUUUACCUCCUCUCUUAUCAGCUCCUUUGAGAGUACACGUGCGUACUUGGAAAUAUACAAUGU